AUGGACCGUCGCUUUGGUGCGCCCUUCUCUCCUUUCUUCAACCAUCACAGGUACACUGAAGGCGUUCGGAGCGCCCUAGAGGGACUGCUUUCAGAAGGUUCUUCGACGACUUCGAACCCUUGGAUCGGUCUUUCAUUCGGCCUUACUGGGCUGACCAAUCUAUGCUCACAGGUCACCGAGUCGGCGACGCCAUUGAUGUCAGUUCCUUUCGAUAUACUUUUUGUGGUUUAGAACAAGUUCCAAUAGAGUCGGAAAUAGGAAAAGAAGAGAUAUCAAUUAAAACGACUCGAAGAAAAAGUUUGGCUAGCGAAGUCGUUUGAAGUUUUCACGGGUCUAAUUCGAUAUCACAAAAAUAUACAAAUAUCGGAAUUAUUUCACGGAAAAAGUUUCUAUAAGCAAUAAUUAGGUUUCGUUAGUUAAUAAUUUAUUGACUGGAACUCAUUUGCCAAGAACCUUUACUUAUAAACUCACUAAUCCUCUAAAACUUGUGACAUUAUAGCGGAAAAAGAUGCCUUGUUAGGCUGAUUUUUUUAUAGACUUAUUGCGACAAUUUCAAAGAGGUCGAGGAAGUUCUGGAAAAUGGAUGUUAUGAGAAUGAAAGAAAAAACUAGAAUAUUUGCUCAAAAAAAAACUUUUUCCAAAAUUCGAAUUAACGCAAGAAGGAAAACGCUGAGGAGAGUCACCUCCCAAGCCGUUCGUUUUCAAGACGGAACGGCUGCGCGAUAUUUUUCCUUCUCUAAUACUCGUUUUUUCACCUGUUCACUUUGCUUUUCUUCGAUUCACAUAAAUAUUAUAAUGAAAAAACGACUUUUUUCGAAUAACACUAUGGUAGGAUCAACUGAAAAUUGAGAAGUUUUAUGUCUUACUAUUGUGAUGGUUCAAUUGUUUAGGUCGUGGACAACCAAAACGAGUACACAGUCUCGGUGGACGUUUCUCAGUUCGAGCCGGAAGAACUCAAGGUCGGUCCGAUUAUUUAUACUCAGACUGCAGAAGCUGGAUUUGUUCGGAAAAUGAUAAGAGAUAACUUGAGAUAGAAGAACAGAUGAAGACCAAACUAGAUAUUAAUUUCCCCUUUUGUUUUUCAAUAAAUGAUUAUUUUCAGGUGAACAUUGCUGACAAUCAGCUAGUGAUAGAAGGAAAGCACGCCGAGAAAACCGACAAAUUCGGACAGGUGAGCAAGAAUUCCCCUGUAGAGUUGAAAUAUCGGAAUAAUACAUCAUUAGACAUGAGAAGCGGGAGAAAUUUUCACAGGUUGAAAAAAUAAGGGUAAAAAUCGCGUGAAGAGAAGAAAUUUGAAAAUUUGCGGAUGGGGAAUCUCUUUGCGCGGCAGCUCCAACCACUAGAGAUCGCUCCAAUGUUUGGUUUUCGGACUUUUUCUCCGUUUUACCGCAAAAGUUGCUAACGUUACAUUCAAUGAAAUUAAAAGAUCGAAAAUUCCAACCAAGGUCUAAAGACUUUACUCCAUAGUUUUUUGGUUUUUUUUCGGAAGAAUUCCGGGAGAGAUUAUCAGAAUGAAGCAAGCUUCCAGGUGGAACGUCACUUCGUCCGCAAGUACAACCUGCCUCCUGGAGUCAAGGCGGAAGACGUGAAGAGCGAACUGAGUCGCGAAGGCGUCCUCACGGUCAAGUACGACAAGACGACCGAGCCUCAGCCCACCAAGAUUCCCAUUACCAUCGUCAAAAAUUGA